AUGCCAAGUUCGUUUACAGGUCCAAUCCUUGCUGAUGGGCUAAUGUCAAAGGCUCAUGAUGUUGGUAACAGUAAGAACUAUGAAGGGCGAAGCUUUGACCACCAUCUACAUUUGUCAAAACUGAAAUGUCAUUCUUGUGUGGAACGAAGUACUAUCAGCAAGAGAGGCCAUCAGCAAACUAUAGGAAUGGAAUUAAUUUCUAGAGAAACCAUCACACCAUCUACACCCACUCCUUCUCAUCUCAGAAUUUAUCCCCUUUCUUUUAUAGAUCACAUCUUUAUAAGAAAUUAUGCCCCAUCACUUUUCUUUUACCAGCCAAUCGGGGUUGGACAAGAAUGUGACCAAAGAUCCAUAAUAUGUGAGCUCAAGAAAUCUUUAUCUCAAGUUCUAACCAAAUACUACCCGUUUGCAGGCAGGUUCAGAGAUCAACUUUCUAUUGAAUGCAACGACCAAGGUGCAUCAUUUCUUGUCACAAUGAUCACAGGUGCGAAGCUAUCAACAAUCCUCCAAAACCCCACUGAAACAUUGUUGAGCCCUUUGUUUCCUGAUGAAUGGGAGCUUAUGAGUCCAGGUGGAAGUAUCUUAGCCAUUCAGAUUAGCUGUUUUCCAUGUGGAGGUCUGGCAAUCAGCGUGUGUAUGUCUCACAAAGUUGGCGAUGGUAACACUCUUUUUAACUUUGUGAAUGAUUGGGCCACCAUGAAUCGAGAAAAAGGAGAGUUGUUAUCACUCACACCUUCACUUGAUGGUGGAGUUUUAAUAUUCCCACAAGGGAACUUGCCUAUUUUCCCUGAAAUCGUGUUUGCGAAAGACAACACGGUAGUGUGUAGAAGGUUUGUUUUCCGAGCCUCGAAAAUCAAGUCCCUGAAGGCAAUGGUAUCUUCUCAUGGGGUUCCAAAUCCCACUCGCGUUGAAGUUGUCACUGCUUGGAUUUACAAGUGUGCAGUUUCUGCGUUGGGGUUAACUUUUAAGACAACAUGGAUGCAAACAGUAGUCAACCUUCGCAAAAUAAUGGUUCCUCCAUUGCUUGAAAGGUGUGUAGGGAACAUGAUUUGGUGGUUGGUGCUCAACCCGGUCGUGGACAAGAAGAAGGAAAGAGAACUACCCGAGUUGGUAAGCAAAAUAAAAGAAGGGUUAAGUGAAUUUCGUGAUGUGUAUCCAAAUAAAUUUGGAGGAAAUAAUAAGGACUUAUCAUUCAUCUCUGAGUGCCUAAAACAAGCAGCUUCAGCGCAGGAGCCUAGUGAUUUUGUGAAAAAGAACCAAACAUUGUUUAUUUUUAGUAGUUGUUGUAAGUUCCCAAUGUAUGAAACAAACUUUGGGUGGGGCAAACCAAUUUGGGUGACUACUAGUGUUAUUCCUGGGAAGAAUAUCAUAUAUCUUAUGGAUACAAGAGAUGGGGACGGAAUUGAAGCAAUUGUGAGUAUGGAAGAGAAAGACAUGGCAGUGUUUGAGCGCAAUGAGGAGCUACUUCAAUAUGCUUCUUUGAAUCCAAACCGUGAGAAAUGUGACUCGCUUCGUUCAUUAUUAUAAGAAUCAAAAAACAUCAGUCUAGAUGUUUUGGUUGGUCAAGUUCGAUGUGCCUUAGCCUCUUAGGUAUUUGCUGUGUUUUUCUUUUUUUGAGUUUGGGGUGUUCCUUUGGAAUUAUCCGAGCUCAGCCUUGUUUGGGGUUUUAUUGUAGGUCUGGACUAGCCUUUUGGAUUUGGGGGGCGAAUUAAUUUUUUCUUGAGUUGAUCUUUAUUUUUUUGGAUUGUUGCGUGAUUGAAUUUGUAUUUUGUUGAUGGUGUAAUUUCUAUUCAGAUGUUGGGUGUGUAUUGUCAUUUUCAUAAUCUUAUAGGAGAGAGUUUAUUUUGAAA